AUGAAUCUUUGCUCCUCUUUCAGAACCGCUCCCAACGACAUGAACCCCAACACCUCUAUACUGGACGACUUCUUGGAGAUCCAGGGCUUCCACAUCGCCCCCGCUUACAGGUACCCCCUCUUCUUCUGCCUGCUGCUGGUCUACUCCUCCCUGCUCCUGUCCAACCUGGGCGUCCUGUCGCUCAUCUUCAGCGACCGCUCCCUGCACCAGCCCAUGUUCCUCCUCUUCUGCAACCUCCCCAUCAACGACCUCAUCGGCAACACCGUCCUGCUCCCCCGCCUCAUGAUGCACAUCGUUUUCUCACCAUAA